AUGAAAAAAUUUAAACAACAUGGUAGUUUUAAGAUACAUAAUUACGUAGAUAUUUGGUUGGAUUCCUUGGUGUAUGUUUUGCCUGGAUUUACAUCGUUACUGCACUGUCCGUUUCUGUUGAUGCUGCAUCCGCAGCUUGCUUGUGAAGGAGGCAAAAUAGUAAGUAUGAAAGCUAGAAGCAGUUGUAAGUACAUAGCGUGUGCACGUUUCGGUAGAUUGUACGCAAAUGAUUACAUUUAUGAUGUUGAAAGUGAAAAAGCCGGCAAGAGGAGGCGAUAUAAGUACGCUAAAGUGGAAAAUAUAACUUUAUAA